GAUGUCCCGGCAGCGCAGCUGGAGGCGGCGGGGCGGGGGCUGCGCCGGGCGGUAGCGGUGGGAGCCGCCCUCCCCGCCUCCUCGCACAGGCUUGUCCUUCCCGGCACCAGCGGCGGCCUGCAGGAUUUCCUCGCGCAGCAGCGGGGCGAAGCCACCUGCCCGGCUGAGGGGAGCGGCGCGGCGCGGCGCGGGCUGCCCGCGAUGCCGGCUUAGCGGCGAGGCAUGGCGCGGCGGCAGCGGGGCGGCAGGUGCCGGGGCGGCGGUCCCCCGACGGGGCGGGCGCUGGCGCUGAUGGUGCCGCUGUGGCUGUGCGCGGCGUGCGGCGGUACGGCGCCGGUGUACAACCUCAGCCUGACGGUGGACGAGGGGCUGCCGGCCGAGACGCUGGUGGGGGACAUCCGCGCGGGGCUGCCGCCGGGCGCGGGUCCGCCGGGCGGGUUCUUGCUGUCGGAGGGGAGCGGCGAGUCGGCGGUACUAGCGGACUUCCACGUCCAGCCGGAGACGGGAGUUAUCCGCACGGCGCGGCGGCUGGACCGGGAGCGGCGGGCGCGUUACAGCUUCGCGGCGGCUACGCUGCGCGGCGAGGUGGUGCAGGUGGAGAUUGCGGUCACCGACGUGAACGACCACCCGCCGCGCUUCCCGCGGGACUACCUGCAGCUCAACAUCUCCGAGCUCAGCCCGCCCGGCACCGCCUUCCGCCUCCCGGCAGCCCGCGACCCCGACGCCGGCCGCUUCGGUACUCAGGGCUAUGCGCUGCUGGAGGAGGGCAGCGCAGCGGGGGAGCCGCCGCUCUUCCAGCUGCGCUACGGGCGGCCGGAACCGCUGGAGCUGGUGCUGCUGCAGCGGCUGGACAGAGAGCGGGCGGACGCGCACCGGUUGGUAGUGGAGGCGUGGGAUGGAGGCAGCCCGCGGCGCCGCGGCCGCCUGCGGGUGUCCGUGCGGGUGCUGGACGAGAACGACAACGCGCCCGCCUUCAGCCGCAGCGAGUACUGGGCGCGGCUGAGGGAGGACGCGCCGCCGGGCACCUCGGUCUGCCGUCUGAGGGCCACGGACCCCGACCUGGGCCCCAACGGCGAGGUGCGCUACUCCAUCAACCGCCGGCAGAGCGACCCCGACGGCUACUUCGCGGUGGAGGAACGCAGCGGCGUGCUGCGCCUCCGCCGCCCUCUGGACCGCGAAGCGCGGGCUCUGCACCGCCUAGUCCUGGAGGCACGGGACGGCGGCGCCCAGCCCGAGGUCUCCAGCGCGCUCGUCUCCGUGUCCGUGUUGGACGUGAACGACAACCGCCCUGCCAUCCGCCUGCUGUACCUCACCGAGAGCGGCGGCCCGUGGGUCUCCGAGGGGGCGCGGCCCGGCGACUAUGUGGCCCGCGUCUCCGUCUCGGACGCGGACGAGGAAGGUGCGGAAGAGGGCGGCGGCGGCGGCGGCAUCGCGCUGGCCCUGCUGGGCGGCGACGGCGCCUUCGCGCUGCGGCCGUCGGGCGUCGGCAUCUUCUUCCUCUGCGUGGCGGGGCCGCUGGACCGCGAGACCCGCGACCUGUACGACCUGCGACUGGUGGCCACGGACGGCGGCGCGCCGCCGCUCUCGGCCGAGGAGCCGCUGCUGCUGCGCAUCGCCGACCUCAACGACGAGACGCCCGCCUUCCCGCAGCCCCACUACCGAGCCGCCGUCUCGGAAGCCGCCUCCCCCGGCACCGCCGUGCUGCGCCUCAGCGCCUCGGACGCGGACGAGCCGGGCUCGCCCAACGCGGAGGUGCGGUACGCGCUGGAGGGGGACCCGGCCGCGCUGGCCCUGCUGCGCAUCGACGCGCGGAGCGGCGCCGUCAGCACGCGCGCCCGCCUGGACCGGGAGCGGCAGGCGGCGCUGGAGCUGCGCGUGGUGGCGCGGGACGGCGGGCAUCCUCAGCGCGCCGCCGCCUGCCGCCUCAGCGUCCGGGUGGAGGACGCCAACGACAACGAGCCGCGGUUCGAGCGCCAGGUCUACCGCGGGCGGCUGCCCGAACAUGCCGAGCCCGGCCGCUGCCUCCUUCAGGUGAGCUCCGCCCCGGGCCCGGCAGGGUGA